GGGGGGGGCGGAGUUUGACGGGCAGUUCCUGUCCUGGAUCUGCAGCCUGAUUUGUAGUUAACCCGGACCGUGCCGCAUAGUGGUGGGGUGAAGAGUAAACGAGGUCAAAGGCUUAAAGCAGCUGAAUUUAAGGCAUCUUUCCUUUGACCAUCAUCAUCAUCAUCAUCAUCUCAGGGACAACAGCUACAGUGAAUAGGAGUGGGGUGAUAUCAGCUGCCCUCUUUCCUGAUUAGACAUCUGCUGCUUCUUGGGCAACACACCACUAAUGUCAGCAGAGAAGAUGGAGACAUCAGCGAGUGUGUCCAAUGGAGAAAAGCCUGUGUAUGAGGAAAAAGAAGACACCCUCAGUCCUGAGGAUCUGUCUGAGAUGCUCGCAGCAGGGACCAAGGAGGUUCAUGAAAAGGCUGAAAACACCCAGUUUGUGAAAGAUUUCCUCAGGGGACGCAUCCGCAAAGAGCUCUUUAAGCUUGGUGCUGUGGCACUCUACUAUACUUAUACAGCCAUGGAGGAGGAGAUUGAAAGGAACAAAGACCACCCCCACUUUGCCCCUCUGUAUUUCCCAGUAGAGCUGCACCGCCACGAGGCCCUGGCCCGUGAUCUUGAGUAUUUUUACGGCGCUGACUGGCAGAGCCAGGUCAGCUGCUCCCAGGCCACCCAACGCUAUGUGGACCGUAUUCAUCAAGUAGGGCAGGAGGACCCAGUGCUGCUGGUGUCCCAUGCCUACACCCGCUACAUGGGGGAUCUGUCUGGGGGCCAGGUGCUGAAGAAGGUGGCACAGAGAGCCAUGAAGUUGCCGCCAACAGGGGAGGGCCUGGAAUUCUAUCAAUUUGAUGCCAUCCAUAGUGCCAAAGCAUUCAAGCAGCUGUACCGCAGCCGGAUGAACGAGCUGGAACUGGACACGGCAAUAAAGAAGAGGCUGGUUGACGAGGCUGUCAAGGCCUUCCAGUUCAACAUGGAGGUGUUCGAGGAGCUGGAAGAGAUCGGUAAAACCAUCCAGGAGGAGGUUUUAGAUGCUGGCAUGCCGGUCCAUGGAGCAAUGGGUGGAGACAUCAGCAAGUGUCCCUACUAUACUGCCAAAAUGGCGGCGUCGGGUGGAACAGCGUACGCCUGUCAGCUCGCCAUGGCCAUACUGCGGCACCCAACAGGACAGGUCCUGUGUGCUACUUGGUUUGCCGCUCUGGCUGGAUUGGCUGCGUGGUAUCUGAUGUGAUCCAGCCGUCGCCCUGAAACUGCUGCUGCUGCUGCUGUGAGAGAGAGAGAGAGGACCUAGAAGAAAGGACCGUAAGGAGACUAGAAAAUUCCCUCCAACUGUGGACCAUUUCAUAGUCUCAUACAAACAUUCUACAUGUUAAUUCAUGAUACAUGUUCGCUAAUAAGGUUAGCUAACAGGAAAUAAACGUGGAACUGUUCUAUAGGAGCAUUUCGGACAUGAACUCCAUCCAACCAUCCAUCCAUCCAUCCAUCCAUCCAUCCAUCAAUCAACACCUCUUAACAAUUUCUCCUCCUGCCUUUUUGUUUCACUACCUCCUUUACACUGUCCCGCCAUCCUGUGUCCCAUCUUGUAGUAUUUAUGGCAGUAUUUCAAGACUUUCUCUAGCUGUUUUCUGAUGUUGUCAUUGAAUCACACAGCGUGAAUAGCGGAUUUGUUGUGAAAAUACAUUUUCUCCCAAUUUGAAAUGAAACUGCCUGAUUGACGGGGGGCCUGGUGACUUCAAGAUGCUGCCAAUACAUAAACUCCAAUUGGUUAUACACUGGUAAAUUAGUUAAUAAUGAUGAACGGAUUAACAAAACGUAUUCAUGGCGAGCUAAAACGUAUUACGCGUGUUAUGCAUGAGUAAAAUUGCACAGUAGGUUUUUGCUGGGCAGACUGCUGUGUUGAUUUUUAAUGAGGCCUUUGUGUUUUUGCUUUAAAAAAAAGUCUUUAUUUGACCAGGGACAGGAAGUAAAGUAUGAGUUGAUAAUGCAGUGGUGAAACAGUGGUUUAUUUGCAAGUGUAAACUUAGGAAAUAUCUGAAUUUAAUGUUGUUGUUUUUACCUCUUCACAUAGAUUGCAGUUCCAAACAUAAUGUGAAAACACAGUGCACCGCAAUUAUGAUCUUUUUAAUAUACGUUAUCACAUCUCAUGAUCAAAACGAGGCCUCAGAUGUCUCCAAAUGUACCCUGACAGGUGAUAGGAGUUUGAAGCUUUUUCAAAAUAUAGCACACCUACACUUUGACAAGUGUAUGAUUAAUAAACAUCUGUCAGAUACUAGUGAAUAUAGUGAAUAUACCAGAUAUUUGAAUCUCUACUGAUGCAUGUUCAGAUGUAUUAUUCCUCUGUUUCUGAAUAAUGCGAUAGAGCUUAUAUUUAAAAAAAAAACAACUGCCUGUUGAUUUAAAUGCAAAGUAUCGAUCCAAGAAGAAUGACUAAUUGAUGAGUCAGUUUUACCUGCCACAGGAGCCUAUAUUAGGACAAAGGUGUUACCAGAGGUUUUAAAAGGAAAUUGUCUUUUUAUAAUAUUAAUGGUUAGUCUAAAUGAGUCUGAGUAUUGUGGUUCAUUCUGAGCUACUUUAGGUUAGGUACUUAUAGUUAGGUCCUUCAGCAGCACAACUCUUGUUUAUGUAUCCAUUUGUUAUGGAUAUGCCACUACACAUCAUCACUAAAACUGUGUAACAUUAUUCAUAUGCUGUUCAUACUGUAUGUUGGGAAUAACUUUCCCCACAUCUCAGUUUUUUUCAACAUAGCUAAGGAAGAAAAAUUUGUGAUGUGUGUACCAUAUGCAGUGUAAUUGCCCUACUCAUUGAUUAAAGUUUAAUAUUUUUCUUGACAGUUAUUACAUUUUUAUUAUGACUUUGCUUUAUCUUUCCAAGCAGUGUGUGUGUUUUUUCCCCCCCUCUGCUUGGAUUUGUUGGAAACAAAGUACCAAAGGACACCUGCCCAUAAUGAGUUUGGACCAGGUUCCUGUACUGUUUGUAUUUGCACACAUUCACAUGGAUGUACAGUAUUCCUUCAUUAACACAACUCUUUCAGGAUAACCGCUGUAGUGCAGCUCUACGAUCACAGACACGUCAACCUGUGUGAUGAUGUGUUUUGUGUUUGAGAGUCUCAGGUUCAUGUUGCAGUCAGAUGGCGAUACAGAUGCAUUGCAUAUGUAGGACUAAUACAGAGACUGAACUCCUAUAGUUUAAUGUCCAUGUGCUAUUUAAUUCUGUUGAUGCCACUGUCAAAAUGCUACACUAUUUUUGGACAACCUGAAGGGAUGUUUACUUGAAUCUCAGGAGUUGAGGGAGUUUUGGUCGUCGAUUUAAACCUUGGAUUAAAGUGAGCGGGAUGCAUGAUUUUGAAUUCUCUUGUGUUUUCAUUUACUCUGCUCGUAAUCCCUCUGUGUAACUAACUGGACAAAGCUUUAUUAGUGACUGGCUAGAAUACUCUCAUUGAAUGAGAGUGAAGAUCCAGGAGUAUUUUGUGCUGUCUAUAAAUAAAUAAAUUGUUUUAUCGCUCAUGCUGAAA